AAAUAGACACAUGAUUGGAUGCCGAUAGCACUGAAGCAAAGUCGUUGUUAAUAGUCAAUCGUUGAGCAUUGCCUAGGCAUUCUUUUUGCUCUAUGGGAAUACACGUUAGGAUAACACACUCUUGACAUGAAUUUGGUCAGUUCUUCUUUAAAAAAGGUUUUUCUCAAACAGACGGCUAUGGACAUAUUUAACAUUUCCUACGUUUUUCUGCUACUUUGUUUAUCCAUGACAUUUGUUUCAUCAAACAUUCUUGAGAGUGAUACAUUUCCUGAUAAUGAAAGACAAGAUGACGAAUUUGUUUCCUAUUCUAACCAAGAUGGACAAUAUGAUAAUGAUGUAUCACUGGAUGAAUUAUUCCAACACCGAGUAGACGAUGAAACUCAACUUUGCCCCAAGCAGUUUAUGUUGCUAUUUUUGAUAACAAAGGACGCCCGAUAUUUGAAAGACUGUGCGCAAGCUAUAGGUAUAGAUAAAAAUAGAACUGUCAACAAUGGAGCAAAGCCUUUGGUCGCGUCGUAUUCGGGGAACAUUCUAAAACGAAUUUUGGAUAACAUGGAUGCUGGAACAGCAAAGAUUGAUUUCAUGGAAGAUACUAAAGGGAAUACAGAUAAAAGAGCUAGGCUUUCUAUAAAUGGAGCUUUAAGCUCUUUGGUUGAAAUGUUACGUCAUGAGUCGAGACGGCAUAGAAGACCACAGUAUGCGUUUCAUAGAGAAAUGUUGCAUAUGGGAUAAGAGAGAUGAAUCUACUUACGUUGCAAAAUUUAAGCGACAUGAAAAAUUGUUAGAUCAUCGAAAGAAAAAGCGUUUCUUAAAGUAGAAACAACCCUAUUGAAUAAACAAGAAAAGAAAGACAUUCCCUAAAACGUAACGAGCAAAUAAGUUGUGAAUUACAUAAAUAUGACAUGGAGCACAAUUUGACAGUUUGAAAAUAAAAACAAACCCUAAUCAGUUUAUUGAUUUUAUAAUGAAAAUAUGUGUAAUUCGUACUUUGCAUUUAACCUUUAACUUCUUUUGAUUUCAUUUGUUGACAGAAUUAAACGUUUCAAUUAUUUAAAUCAUUAAAUCUUAUUGCAAAAUGUA